UGCGGACUUCCGAUUGGAUAUUUGUGUACGGCAGGAAAAGGUACUGUUGUUCUUUUCAGCGGUCGGUUUGGCAAAUAGUCGACAAGAGAUUUGGAUGCCUGCUGUAUUUGACGGUCAAGAGCAUUUAUACCGAGAUGUCGGACGACUUGGUGAAACAGUUGAGUAGCUACAAAGCCCAGCUACAGCAAGUAGAAGUUGCUUUAUCUACCGACCAAGAAAAUGAAGACCUCCUUAAACUCCAGAAAGACUUGCAGGAAGUCAUUGAUUUGACAAAAGACCUCCUGACCUCACAGCCCACUGAAAGUUCUUCCAGUACCAACGGCUCAGCCACUGUACCCCAGAAGCAUGGCUGGAAAGUGGGGGACAGCUGUAUGGCUGUUUGGAAACGGGACGGACAGGUGUAUGAGGCUGAGAUUGAGGAGAUAGACCGGGAAAACGGCACUGCAGCCGUUACCUUCGCUGGCUAUGGAAAUGCUGAAGUGAUUCCGCUGCAGAACCUCAAAGAACCAGAGGAGGGCAAGCGUAACAACGAGGACGGGAGUCUAAAGCCAAAAUCAAAGAAAGAGCAGAUAGCAGAGCAGAGAGAGUAUAAGAAGAAGAAAGCUCAGAAGAAGGUUCUGAGGAUGAAGGAAUUGGAGCAAGAGAGGGAGGAACAAAAGUCAAAGUGGCAACAGUUCAACAACAAAGCCUACUCAAAGAACAAGAAAGGACAGGUAAAGAGGAGUAUAUUUGCAUCUCCAGAAAGCGUCAAUGGGAAGGUGGGAGUGGGAACUUGUGGUAUUGCAGACAAGCCAAUGACCGAGUACAACGACACGUCAAAAUACAACGUCAGACAUCUAAUGCCACAAUGACCUGAUAUAUUCUGUGUAUAAUAAUCCACUGUGUACAAGCUGUAUCGGUGCAUUUCCAUUGUGUUUCUACAAAAUGUAUGUUUCUCAAGUAAAGAAUGGAAUUGCUUGUGCGCCAUUGUUUGAAAUAUUGAUGUAGUUUUCUUAUAUACCAUGUAGGUACAACAACAAAAGAAUCCAAACAGGGGUUAGAACAAGGUCACCAGUUAUGCAAGAACAGGCUGUGGCGUUGUAGAAAGGCCGUAGAGUUUGAUGUGUGUCCAGAUUCCUCUGAGGCCAUUACCUGCGAAGAGGAGUCUAAAUAUACACCAGCAGAUUUGUUUUGUAAAUUUGAAGUUGGUUUUUAAAUACGGACCCAUUGUUGGGGGGGGGGGGGUCUGAAUGUCAAUAAUGGAGUUGUUUUGACAUGGCUGAAUUUAUGUUUUAAUAUGUGUAUAUAACAGUGAAAUAAACAUUGUUUUGUUUUCAUUUUGA